GUGCGCGCUCUCCCGGCCAACAGAUACCGGCGGUGUGGUCCUCUCUCUGGGAAGAUACCGGUGCUGAGCGCGGGGGCCUGAGCAGAGCCAGCAGGCGGGCUUCACCGAGGUCCUCUGAUGACACCAGUCAUCCAUUGGAUAUGACGAGUAAAGCCGAGGAGGCGGGGUACAGCGGCCAGCAGGUGGUGAUCCCACCUACCCCUGCUCCACGCCUCUGCCCUCCUGCUCCACCCUCCACGCCUGCUGGCCUGGCACAGCCCGCCUCCAGCAGCAGCAUCAGCGAGUAUCAGGAAGUGCGGGCGCUGCGAGUGGUGGGCGGUGGAGGGCAUCAGCGGAAGGAAGAAGCGGGAUACUCUGCUAAAAUUGUACGACAGCUGGCGAAGGUGAACUUGGCGGUGGCGUCCAUCCUGUUUCUGUGUCAGCUGGUGGUAGCGGCGUGUCUGUGUCGGCCAGUGGUGAUAAUGGGGGGACUGUGGGUGGGCAUCCUGGUGCUAGUGCAGGCCGUCCUCGGACUCCGAGCCGCCAACACCACCUUCUCUCACGCUCUAGUACUGGGUCACGCCUGGGUGUCCGGAGUGGUGAGUGUGGUGUGUCUGGCAGCCGCUGGCUACCUGUGUUCCGGCCACCUCACUCUCGCCUGCAUCUCCACCUUCCACAGGCCCGACCACGCUUCAGUGGUGCGGCUGUACGUGGUGGAGGUGGUGGCACUGGUGGCUUCCCUGCCCAGCCUCACGGGUGCCAUAGUCUCCCUCCUGGGUGCCGCGCUCUCGGCGCGGGCCGUCUGUCCGCCCAAGCAGAAGCCACAGGCACCAUACGUGCUGUACCUGCCACGCUGGGGGGAGAGUACUUACGGCAGUGACCAACACACCAUCGUCCAAUCACAAGCCAGGACUCCCGUGACGUCACAGCCAUCACCCCGACCCUCAGCCAAUCAGUGUGCAGGGAGGACCAGCUCGCCUCCACCCGCAUAUAAUCAGAUUGCCGAGGAAUCAUUUGCUUAGUGCGGGUCAUCUCAGCGUGGAUUACAGACACGUUGUCCGGCAAUCAUUACCUUAAUCCUUAAUAAUAGGCUUUACAUGGAGCGUAGUUUUACCUUCAGAGAGCAUUGAAGAGUUUGUAAGCAAUAAGCCAAAAUGUGCUUAUUGACUAUCUCCGACAUACGUAAUAGGCUGCGGCUAGAACUGUACAGACAACGUCAGCGAUGUCUUACUAGAUCAUUGGCUCUGGUAAGACAAGCUUAAACAAAUUAAGGCAAAUAUUUUAAACGAUCCUGCUUGUGCAGGGCCCUUUGAGAGGGUUGUUCUCGGUAGAUUGAUGGUGUCAAUCAAAAGUUCUCGCUCCUAACUGGCAUGACUUUCUUAUUGGUAGAGGCCACCGCCAACUGAGCCCCACCAGUAAUUGAGCCCCACCGCCAACUGAGCCCCACCAGUAAUUGAGCCCCACCGCCAACUGAGCCCCACCAGUAAUUGAGCCCCACCGCCAACUGAGCCCCACCAGUAAUUGAGCCCCACCGCCAACUGAGCCCCACCAGUAAUUGAGCCCCACCGCCAACUGAGCCCCACCAGUAAUUGAGCCCCACCGCCAACUGAGCCCCACCAGUAAUUGAGCCCCACCGCCAACUGAGCCCCACCAGUAAUUGAGCCCCACCGCCAACUGAGCCCCACCAGUAAUUGAGCCCCACCGCCAACUGAGCCCCACCAGUAAUUGAGCCCCACCGCCAACUGAGCCCCACCAGUAAUUGAGCCCCACCGCCAACUGAGCCCCACCAGUAAUUGAGCCCCACCGCCAACUGAGCCCCACCAGUAAUUGAGCCCCACCGCCAACUGAGCCCCACCAGUAAUUGAGCCCCACCGCCAACUGAGCCCCACCAGUAAUUGAGCCCCACCGCCAACUGAGCCCCACCAGUAAUUGAGCCCCACCGCCAACUGAGCCCCACCAGUAAUUGAGCCCCACCGCCAACUGAGCCCCACCAGUAAUUGAGCCCCACCGCCAACUGAGCCCUACCAGUAAUUGAGCCCCACCGCCAAUUGAGCCCCACCAGUAAUUGAGCCCCACCGCCAAUUGAGCCCCACCGCCAACUAAGCCCACUCUGGCAUCCAUAUAGUUAUGUUGCUACUCUUUGUCUCCGCGCUUUCUAACAAUACUAAUUUCUCACGCUUAAUACCAUACCUGCAAAAUAUAUAAAUAAACCAUUCCCGUUAA